AUGGAAGCUCUAUGUCACUUUUCAUGCAUCUCCUCCUUUUUCUUGGCUGUCUCAUUUUCCAGUAUGGGUGCUCCCGCUGGCAAUAUCGGUCGUGUGAUUUGGGCUACACUUUUCAUGCGGCCCACAUAUUGUUGGUCUACAAUUGUAAAUGGCCCACUCGUGAGUCAUUUCCCUGUUGCUCAAAAUGACCCAAUCAAUCGAAUGUGGACAGAGGCGGAACAGAAAAUUGAGAGUGCAAUAGCAAAAACUAUGAAGACAAACUUGAAACAAGGCAAAUUAAUGAGAGAAAUCGAAAUAGAAAAAGAAGAAAAGGAGGAAUAA